GAGGGGAAGGAGCUGCCCCCUUGUGAGGAAAAGGGCUGCCGCGUCGCCUCUCUCUGCCGCACGCUCCCUUCCCGCCAUGGGCAGCGGGGCUGGACCAGCGUGAACUCCUCCUUCGAGCCCGUCGGGCGCCCUCUCGGAAGCCUCUCGCCAUGGCUGUCGGCGGGGUCUGGGUCUCGCUGCUGCUGAUGGCCGGCACGGUGGCGGCGGUCGCGCUCUGCCGGCUGGCGGCUCGCCGCCGCCCGGGCGCUUUUCUCCUGGAGGCGUUGAGCACCUUCCAGAUUUGCGCCUGCACUAACGAGCUCUGCCUGCUCGCCGGUGCCGAGCUUCAGCCGCCCGCCGCGCUCGCUCUCACCUACGUUUUCACCGUGCUGCACGGCUUGACGCUGGCCGGCAGCACGUGCAACCCGUGCGGCACCCUGCAGCAGAUCUGGGCUGACCGGGUGUCGCUCGAGGGCGGUGGACUGCGGAUCGGCGCGCAGUUUGCCGCUGCGCUGCUCGCCAGAGGAUUUAUGCACCUGAUCUGGAGCCUGGAGAUGGCCGAGCCACACUCUGAAGCAUUUUGGCAGGGCUGCAGCAAUCCCCUGCAAACUACGUUGACGCAGGCUUUUUUCAUAGAACUGCUCUUUUCUGCUGUUUUCCAGCUGGCCGUGCUGCAGUUGGACACUAUUCAUCCCAACCUCAGAGUCCAUUUUAUUGCUCUGCUUAUCACCAUGCUUGUAUAUUCAGGUGGAAAUCUCACAGGAGCAAUAUUUAACCCAGCAUUGGCUUUUUCUUUACAUCCUUAUUGCUUCUAUGACAGAUUUUUGAGUUAUUCACUAGUAUAUUGGAUAGCACCAUCCUUAGGUACAAUACUUGUCGCUUUUGUAUGGGAUGAAAUCGUUCCUCGGAUAUCUUGAGACCAAAUCUUGAGCUUCAGCAAUACUACAUUAAAAAAAAAAAAAAAACACACUUAAAAUAAGUAAAGUGCAGACACCUGUGGAAAGGAAGCUGUUCAGAAAACUGUUGACAUUAAUUUCUACAUUAUCUUUCAGCAUGUUUUCAGAUUUUGGUUUGAAGUGCAUGACUUCAGACUUUGUAUUGAAACUCUUACUUUGUCAUCAAGAGUAUUUGCCAACAUUUUUAGUUAAGUCAUACAAAUGUUAAGAAAAGGACUUAAGCAUUGAAACUUUGUCACUUUAGCCAUAAGUGCCACUUGCUGACCUUUACUACAAAUGCAUAUAAAAUGAAUUUUAGAGAAGUACAGUCUUUUUUGAUUUUACUGGUUUCUUCCUAUAGACAGCACUUGCAAAAAAGGAACUGAAGAUUCCAUUCUUUUAGUGACUUCAACAUAUGGCACUUCUGAGAGGAAGAAAGGCUGCACUACUCACUAGAAGAAUCUUCACAGCUCCAUUCUAGAGGUACCCUACACCAAAAAAACAAUUGUAGGACCAACAUUGUUUUAAAAAUACUCAUUGCAGGUAAGUAACUCCUCUCUUCCUUUGGGGAAGACUGCCCCAUCCUGUCUCACCAUAGUCUACUGAAUGUUUAUCUUCGCUGGGAAGAGCGUUAAUAAGUACUGAAAAUUCUACAGAAACAUAAUUCAAAGUGCAUUUUAGGGAAAAAAAACCAACAAUCUUAUCCUAAUUACUAUUGCCUUUUCAGAAAUAGAUAGUAUAUAGAGAUGAACAAUUCAGAACUUGGUUUAUCCUAGAUUUUUACAUAGUAAAUCUUACCAGAUAUUUUUCUUGAAAUAAAUCGAUUUGCUGAAGUAAGCGAAAAGAGCUAAAAACAUAGGAAACCCACUCAAACUGGUGAGGUGAAGAGUGUGGCUAGCUACCAGUCCUCUAAAGUUCUUUUAGUUUUUCACUUCAUAGUUAAUAGGUUUGAAGGAGAUAUAUUAACAAGUUCUAUAAAAAUCUCAAUUUUUAUAGCCCUCUAUUCAUUAUAUGUCAUCUCAGUCCCAAAGUAGUAUUUUACAGCUUUGUUCACCUUGCAAAGCAUAAUUUAAGAGGGAAAUGAGUCAGACAAGGCUUUUGCACAGUAAAAUACUGAACCAAGUUUUAAAGCAGCUACUGUUC